UUAUUUAUUGUUUCUCAAAAAUCACAUAUUUUACACCACAUUUCUUAAGGAUUUAACGCCCUUAUUCAACGAGUAGCAAUUUCAAGGUCAAAUCGGUUGAACAAACAAAAGAUUUCGACAACAAACUCGCUGCGAAAUUCGCACACAUGCGCAUUCAUCGUCGUACCCUUGCUAGUAACUUCACGAAUGCUAUCGCCUUCACAAUCGCCUUCUACAGCGACAAGGCAGUAAGUUAGAAUGCCAAAAUCACCGACCGCGCAUAGUGACUACCUUGCGGCAUUGAAGAACGCCUACUGUGACCGAUAAGCAGGUAGACGGCGACCAUCUGGCGAGCAUUGCGACUAAAAUAUAUGGUCCGCAGACAGUUGAUGCACAAGCGUUUGCUAAUGAUUGCUCUUUAAAUUUAUGAAAGAUAAAAAUUGUCUAAAAAAACGAUAACAUGAAAGCCACGAGUGGAGCCUUAGGAAAACAUAAACAGAGAGCAUUUCUGCAGUGAAAUGUCAACCGGUUAGAGGCGGUUCACAGGCAGUUUGAGAGCCAGGAAAGCACAAACAAUACAAGCGGAAACUACCAGCAACCGACGAACGCACUUGUUAGCUUGAAAGAUUUAAUGAAGGCGAAAGAGCACAGGUAACACAACACAUACUCGUAUGUAACUAUAUCAGUGAAGUAAUUGAGCGCAGUAGAAUUUUUGAAAAUGAAAAACUCGCUUAACGCGACGCGGUGUCUGCGGCAUGAAUAGCGUGAAUUUUGAAAAUAUCUGGCACUAACAGAAUUCGUUGAGAAUAAUGCGACAACAACAAUUAAGCAAACAUAAUAAACACAGCAUCGAAAUAAACAAAUAACAUACACGAAAAUAUGUAUGUGAAAGCUUUCAAAGGAAAAAAAUGCAAAGCCAACAAAAAAAUGAGAGUAAAUACAUACAAAUGUUAGUAAGAGCACUAAAAGCCGAACGAUCGAUCCACUGCCGACUCUGCUCAGCUGCGCUGACUGACGAUCAACGACAAGCAGCCGAAAAUGACUCGGCGUUGACGAAGCAAAUAAUCGCUUUGAUUUUUAUAAAGACACCGUUUGAGCCAAGUUCGAAAACAGUUUAGUUUGAAACAUCAUCGUGGUGAGAUAGUUAUUUAAAUGCUAAAUUUGUACCGGAACAAAUAACGGUCAAAGUUAGUAAAGCUAUAUGCACAUACGAAAAAAAGAAAGAAAAUCUUGUGUGUGCCAGUAUAAAUAAAUAAAUACAUUUAAUUGACAAGAAAACCGCUGCAGCGUUUAUAAAGUUAAACAGUUAUAGUGUUAAACAGUGUCUGAAGCACUUUAAACGUUCACAAACAUACGUAAUAGCGGCUCAGGUUGGGUGCUAUGAGCGUUUAAAUCGCCUUUCAUAAGUUUUAUAAGUGCGACAAGUCAGUGUUUUGAUGAAAAAUGCCAAUAAAUUUGUGCUCGUAAACUAGUGAAUAAAACAAAGCCCUGUUGAAAUUUGCAUGCAUUCCCCUAUUGUUUUGAAUUGUGGCGCUGACUCCUAAUCAAACAAAAAAAUCAAAAUUCCGAACUAACAACGCAGAAGGAAGAAAGAACACAAAAACACAACAACUUUUUAUAAAUUCCAAAAACAAAUAUUAAAAAAAAUAUAUCUACACAAAUAUUUUUCCCUGCAAUCUGAUAACGACGAAAUACGAGCAGCAGAGGAAUUGCAAAAACAAAAAAAUACUCGCAAAUAAAAGUGAAGAAAAAACAACACUAACGAAGAGUUUAGCACAAAUUAGUGGCUGUGUGUGCGUCUGCGCGCGAAUUCUACGCCAACAAGCAAAUACUUUCACAACGACAGCUGAACACACAUAGAGGAAGUGACAAGUGACAGGUAGUCGGUUGCAGAAGUGACAAGUGCGCAUACACAAUGAAGACAAAUCCCGCAUUGGAUCACGUGUAUGUGAACGAUGGUUUCAAGUGUUCUUCGAUCAGCAUUACAACGAACGGUACGGAACAGAACGGUGGUAGUGGCGGAUCGCAAGGAUCAAACGAGUUUAUAUUAACUGAAGACGGCAAAAAAAUGAUUCCACCUAUUAAGACAAUGGACUGUGCCAAAGCAUGGGUACAAGAUCGCACCAGACGCACCUUCAAUCGUAAGACGCUCUACAAACGCCUGCCCAUACUCAAUUGGUUACCGAAAUAUUCCAGAGAUGAUGCUGUCGGUGAUGUGGUUGCCGGACUCACUGUUGGUCUAACCGUUAUACCACAAGCGCUAGCGUAUGCUGGAGUAGCCGGGCUGCCUGCAGCAUACGGUUUAUAUGGUUCCUUCUUAGGCUGUUUUAUUUACAUUUUCCUCGGCAACUGCAAGGAUGUGCCCGUGGGUCCCUCCGCCAUUGUGGCGUUACUGACGUUUCAAACUGCCAAGGGUUCAUGGCAAUUAGCGGUGUUACUCAGCUUUCUUUGUGGCAUUGUUGAGUUAUUUAUGGGCAUUUUCGGUUUGGGUUUUCUGCUGGAUUUCGUUUCCGGUCCCGUCUCUUCUGGUUUCACAUCGGCCGUUUCACUGAUAAUUGUUGCAUCGCAAGUGAAAGACAUAUUGGGUAUACCGGCGCCUGGUACGACAUUCCUGGAAAUUUUAACGCAUAUUUACGAAAAUAUCAAAGAGACACGCGCCUCCGAUACAGUAUUGGGCCUCACAUGCAUUAUGGUGCUACUGAUGAUGCGGCUGCUGUCAUCGUUUAAGCUCGGUCCUAAAGAUCCCAUGUUGCGCUCGAAGACACAGAAUGUGCUUAACAAAAUCAUUUGGCUCAUUGGCACCUCACGCAAUGCCAUACUUGUAAUUGCCUGUGGCAUUUUGGGUUAUAUUUUACACAGCGAUGAUGGCAAUAUACCGUUCCGUGUCAUUGGCUACAUUCCCGAGGGCAUGCCCGCCAUACAACCCCCACCAUUCCAUAUGUCGGCCAAUGAAACUGCCUCUGGGCAUGAAGAAGGCUUCAUUGAUAUGGUGAAAAAUUUGGGUUCUGGUCUUAUUGUGUUGCCGCUCAUAUCGUUGAUGGAAACUGUCUCUAUAGCCAAAGCUUUUGGCAAUGGCAAACCGGUCGACGCCUCACAGGAGCUCAUCGCUAUUGGUAUUGCAAAUAUUGCUAACUCGUUCGUGCAGAGCUUCCCAUCCACAGGCGCACUGAGUCGUGGCGCUGUCAACAACGCCAGUGGCGUGAGAACCCCGCUUAGCAACAUCUACUCGAGCUCUUUGGUCAUACUUGCUUUGAUCUUCUUCACACCCUACUUCUUCUUCAUACCGAAAUCAACGCUGGCGGCGAUUAUUAUUGCUGCCGUUAUGUUUAUGGUGGAAGUGCGCGUAAUCAAACCAAUGUGGCGCGCAAAGAAGAGUGAUCUUCUACCCGGCCUCGGAACAUUCGUCGCUUGCUUGGUUUUGCCGCUAGAAAUCGGCAUACUAAUAGGAGUCGGCUUAAAUGUCAUCUUCAUUUUAUAUCAUGCGGCGCGUCCCAAAAUCACCACCGAAAUUCUCACAACAUCAGCGGGCAAUGAGUAUCUGAUGAUCACGCCCGAUCGUUGUCUGAUGUUCCCUUCAGUAGAUUAUGUGCGCAAUCUGGUGACAAAGCACUCGAUGCGACAGAAUGUGCCCGUCGUCAUCGAUGCCUCGCAUAUUUACGGCGCUGAUUUCACUGCGGCCACUGUUAUAGAGUCGUUGCUGAGCGACUUCGCAGCGCGUUCACAACUCUUGUUCUUCUACAAUCUGAAACCCAGUAUUUGUGCGUUAUUCGAAACGCUAUCGCCGGCGGAAUUCGUCGUCUACUAUCAGGAGGAGCAGCUGGAUCAAUUAUUGAAGGAUCGUAAUUAUGAGCAAAAAAAAACGAUAAUGGUGUAGUUGCACCUGGAAUUGUCUAGUUAUAACGGUAAUUAAAAAUACAUUACCGUUAUGCUUUUGUUGGCUGAAUUGUGAUCGUGCUGAGUCUUGGAGACCCACACCAGAAAAUGGUUGGUUAAUACUGUUAACUAUUCGCUUUUGCUUUAGUUUUAUAAAUAUUACUUGUUGGAUUUAACUAGUUUGGUAUUUGUAAAGUAUGCAAGUUUAAUAUUUUAAAUACGUCCCUAACUUUAGAUAUGUUUACAUGUUAAAAACACACACAUUUAUGUAUUUAAUACAUAUGUAUGUAUGUAUAGCUGCAUAACGGUUUUAAUUAUGUAAGCAUAUUGUGAAACCGAACAAUGGAGUAUUAUUUUAGUAUUGAUCACCAAAAAUGAAAACAAAAGUCUUGUACGCUUUACAUAAUGAUUUAUAUGUAAUUAAAUAUUAGUAAAUUAAUUUAAAGCGUUUGAAAGUGCCUUAGACCUCAUUUAGCGUAAAUUUAAAUUUUCUUUAAAAUUUAUAUUUAUUUUAUGAAAUGCAUAGUAUGCACGAAACAAGGAAUUGUUGUGCAUUAAAUUGCAAAAUUAUCAAAAUGAAAUGUAAAGUAUAAUAAGAAAGAAACGCCAAGAGUGCUAUGUACCUAGUUGUAAAUGCGGAACACUUUGAAGUUCGUCGAAAAUGUUAAACACUAAUCCUUAUUUGUUAAACUUAAAAAUCGUAAAACUUAAAUAAUACAUAAUGAGCGGGGUGAAGAUGUUAUAUAACUAAUGCAGCAUUCAAAAAAGCACGUGUUAUGAAAUAAUAUAUUAUUUACACAAUCAACAAACACGUACUUCAUUAAUGAGUAUGUAUGCAUGUAUAUAAAAGUCCUAAAAUGCUAGUGAGUCUUACCAUUUAAAUCUAAAUUUUAUGUAAUUAUAGUAACUAACUUAAGCAAAUAAUCUAAAAUAUUUAAAAAUAUAGCGUUAAUUAUGACUUAAAUAUUUAAUAAGUAGCUAUGCAAUAAAACGAAGAAGUUGUGUCCUCAAAAA